GACUCCGGGCAGAGGCACAUCGGGCUGGAUUCCGGGCAGAGGCACAUCGGGCUGGACUCCGGGCAGAGGCACAUCGGGCUGGACUCCGGGCAGAGGCACAUCGGGAGAUUACCAGGUGAAGCAGCAGGCACCAGGCCCCCAGGCGGAGCGACAGGUCUCGGGCCCCCAGGCGGAGCGACAGGUCUCGGGCCCCCAGGCGGAGCGACAGGUCUCGGGCCCCCAGGCGGAGCGACAGGUCUCGGGCCCCCAGGCGGAGCGACAGGUCUCGGGCCCCCAGGCGGAGCGGCGGGCACCGAGUCGUCUGGCAAGACCGUGGGCACCGAGUCGUCUGGCAAGACUGCGGGCACCGAGUCGUCUGGCAAGACGCGGGCACCGAGUCGUCUGGCAAGACCGCGGGCACCGAGUCGUCUGGCAAGACUGCGGGCACCGAAUCACCAGGCACGACAGUGGGCUCUGACUCAAUUGGCACGACAGCGGGCACCGGUCAUCAGGGGGAUUGUCUGGCUCGACAGCGGGCAUCGGGUCACCAGGCAUCAGGUCAUUUGGCUCGCCAGCGGGCACCGCGUCAUCUGGCAAGGCAGUGGGCACCGAGUCACCAGGUACGACAGCGGGCUCUGAGUCAAUUGGCACGACAGCGGGCACCGGAUUAGGUACUGCACCGAUCAUCUGGAUCAACAGCGGGCAUCGAGUCAACUGGCCUAAUAGGAACGUCAGGCUGGAUCAGUUUCAUCAUGCUGGGUAGAGGCAUCAGGUCUGAAUGCA